UCAGUAAAAAAAAAAAUGGAUUAUAAAAUAAAAAUAAAAACUGAUCCCCAGUUUCUGGAUCUGUUUAAAAAAAUUGAGAAGUCUAAAGUUGAUAUUCCCACUCAUGUCAGUGAAUGUUUUUCUGUUAAAAUGUUAGACCUAGAAGCCUUUAAGUGGUUUAGUGAGAAUUUGAAAAAAAUUGAUGGUCCACCUUUACAUACACUAAUCACUAAAGAAAGUAUAGUUUUACCUAGUCCACCUAUUGUUGAGUCCAGUUCAGAGUACAAAGAAAAAAUGAGAAAAUUAGAGCAACGUUUAAAGAAUAAAGAAUAUGAUGCUAUGACAAAAAACGUAGAUUUUCGAAGAGUUAGACUACCCGAAGAUACAAUUUCUUAUCAAAUUAAACAAAUCAAUAGACAAUUGAUAGCAGUUCUCCAAUUUGUGAUUUCAACUGCUGCUGGUUUUUUAUUUGGAUUUUUAGGUAUUGAGUUGAUGCUAAGUACAACCUUUGAUUUGGGUUUUAAAUUGUUAUUGGGAAUCAUAUGUGCUCUCAUUAUAGCAUUAGCUGAAAUUUACUUUUUGGCCAAAAAAUUAUCUGAAGACUAUGAACCAUUUGAUACAAGUGGCAAAGUUCAUCAAGAUUAAUUAUUGUAAUUAAUUUUUGUAUAAAUAUUUCUUAUUUUCCUCAAAUUAC